UCUCUAUCCUAUGUUCCCCAUUCAAACCUCAUAUUAUUACGUAUCCGUCGCUCUCAACUCACUGUUUACUCCGUACCCUCUUUCAACUACAUAUUCCCCAUUCAUUUUCUCAUCUUUCAACAACAUUUUGUUCUGAAAAAGAGUUGAGAAUUCUUCAAUAUGAUGCACAGAUGUAAUCUGGGUUCAUGUUCUUGUGGCUUGUUUCACAGUCAAAACAAUUCUUUUUCAAUGAUGUUUUCUAAUGGUUUUGAUGAAGGAGGGGAUACGGAUAUGUAUUCUUUCACUUCAUCUUCUUCGUCUUCUGUUGAUUGCACUCUUUCUCUAGGCACGCCUUCUACUCGUGUCAGUGAUGAGAAGGAAAAGCGACGCUCUAACUUCGGAUGGAAUAUGGCGGCGCCGGCUUCUUCAGCCAACAGAAACCACCGUGGUGGAAGUAACAGCAAUACCAAUCCCGGCGGGGACCCGCUCUUGGCUCGGCGGUGUGCGAAUUGUGACACCACUUCUACUCCCCUCUGGAGGAACGGUCCAAGAGGCCCUAAGUCACUUUGCAAUGCUUGUGGGAUUCGUUUCAAGAAGGAAGAGAGGAGAGCGACAGCAGCCACCGCCGGCGCCACCAAUAACGGCGGUGCUGAACACCGAGUUUUGGAUAGUUCAUGGAUUAAUUACAACUCACAAACCCAGAAUAUGCCUUGCUUUACUUCAUCAUACAGUAAUGAAUUCAGAUUCAUUGAAGACGAUGAUCGUGACUCUGAUACAGGCACGCCCUUCCUCUCUUGGCGUUUCAACGUGACAGACAGGCCAAGCCUCGUUCAUGACUUCACAAGAUAGACAAAAGAAAGAAAGAAAAAAAUCUUAACAAUUCGACUGAAUAUGAUUACUAUUGAACACUGCACUCUAAAUGUACUCGAUAUUAAGAAGCUUAUUUUAUUCUUUUCUUUCACUUUUUUUUUUGCCCCUCAUCUUACAUAAGAUGUAGUGACAAUGAAUUGAUUCUAAUGUUUGUUAUUUACUUUUCUUUAGCUUUCACUUUUUUCCCCUUUGAUCAGUCAUCAGUCUAUACAUACUUCUACUUUUUUCCGAUUGCCCAUUU